AUGGAUCGCUUUCACUUCAAUCAGCAUCAUCAUCAAGCAGGAAAUACAGUGGAAUCAACUGGUUUUGACUCACCUCUCUCCACAACAUCUUCAUAUGAUUCAUCUGGAUCGAAGAGAGGGCAAUUAUUACCAACUAGUGAUGCACUCUGGGGCUUUGAUGACGCUUUAGCCCAGUCAUUGCACGCACUGACAUUUACGACAGAUGACGAGACCAGUAGCAGUACUACACCGUCUACUAUCAGUGAUACUUUGGUCAAUACAAGACGACCUCGUAGUUAUUCAGACUACACGGCACUUGGUAAUAAUACGCGAUGGAGGGCAAAUGGAGAGCUGAGCGAGUUUGGAGCGCUAUGGGACGCCAUCAGGACGGACUUUGCCUCGCGUCAUGUCGUCGUACGCUGUGGCGCUGGCACUUGGGAUUCCUUGGACGUACGCCGCAUCGUGGAUCGACUUAAUCACUUUGGGACUGUGGCCAGGACACGUCGUGAGUUGACUGCAGGCGGGCUGCUCUUUUGCACGUUUUUUGAUAUAACCAGUGCUGUAGCUGCAUUUGACCGCUGGCGCGCUGACGCAGACAUCAUCAGCUUUUGUCUACCGUACGAGCUUCCGGACGACGUCAAUUCAGCAUCACUGCUUGUGCAUUUUAAGCUCAGUGACAGGUCGCCUGUGACGGUCUCCGAAUUGCGUCAGGUCUGUACGUAUUUCGGUCAAGUAGCAAGUGUGUUGCAGCCUGAUACGCGUGUUGCCAAGUUUGUUAUCGAAUAUUGCGACUCGCGCAUACUUCCUGCAGCCCUAAAUGGACUACCACGCGCUUUCCAGACGAGUGGACCAUUGUCUGUAGCUCGCACGAUGCUGCCGACUUUGGACGUCAACAAGCUUAAACUCUUUCAGGAGUGCUUAAAUCGGGCAGCGGCCGCGCAUCCACGAGUUACUAGGGCUCGCCCUAAGAGUUUUUCGUCUAUUAGCACGUCGCUUCUGACAUCACCUACGUCAUCAGUCGCGUCAUCGCUCAACGCGUCCCUAUUGGAAGGUGCAAGCAAUGACAGUCCCCUGGUAUCGGGCAACUACGCUGGUGGUGGGAGAAAGCUUACUUCCCCCGUGCUUAUGCCUCAGGAUGAACAACCAAUUUGGGCAAGACCAGUGUCGCGGGCCAGAAGCAACUCUUCGACGUCUACACAUCUGGGCAGAUCUCUGUCAUCUGGUCGCUUUGGCGAGUCAAUGGCGUAUUCAAACGGGUUUACGCUUCCGUCGUCUAGUAGUAUCAGCACGAGGUCCAAUUGUGCAAAUGGGUUUUCGUCAUUUCCAGCUGCUCAUAGAUCGCAGUCUUCGAACACUCAAAUAUCUCUUUUCACUACUGCUCAACAAGCAAGUCAACAACAGCAAGCUUACUAUGAUAGUCGUGGACAACGGCGCGCGCAGACCAAUUUUUCCCUCAUCAAAAGCAGUUAUAGCAACAACGGACCCUUCAUACAAACAAGUGUAGCAGAUAGUGGUGGUCAUGCUGGCGUUUCGGGUGGUGGCACUACAGCACGGCUAUUAACUGGGCGUAACGAUCAAGGUACAGGCGAAUUCAGCUUAUCGAUUAAUAAGGUGGUGUCGGGUGCAGAUAAACGGACCACCUUAAUGAUCCGCAACAUCCCUAACAAGUAUACACAGCAGAUGCUACUCACAGAAAUCAAUCGCAACCAUUGCGGCAACUACGACUUUUUCUACCUACCCAUUGAUUUCAAGAAUAAGUGCAACAUGGGCUACGCUUUCAUUAACUUCAUUGAGGCGGCGCGCAUCGAGGCGUUUCACCAAGAAUUUGAUGGUCAGAAAUGGACAAACUUUAAUAGCGAGAAAGUCUGUGCUAUCUCGUAUGCACGGUUGCAAGGCAAACAGGCGAUGGUCGCGCGAUUUCAGAAUUCGAGUUUGCUUGAAAAACACGAAUCCUACCGGCCACUGGUCUUUGGUAGCAGUGGCCCGAAUCGCGGCAAACCGGAGCUGUUUCCGGCCCCCAAGCAGACUGUUUACAAAAAGCAAUCAGUGCACGCACACUCUUCAGGAAUGUUUGGUGCUGACGAUUAUGGCAACUACGUAGCUCAUCGAAUGUAUGCACAACAGCCACUGCAGCAGCAUCACGGGCAACAGCAACAUUUACUUGCCGUUUAUCGUCAGCAGAUGGUGGGCAUACCUCAGCAUGCUAUGCCUCCUCUUCCAAUAGCCAACGGGCACCCUUACCUCGGAAUGCAAGGACAGCCGGAGCAAUACAUUCCUUCGUACCAACAGGAUGGCUCUCAACUGGCAUCACCAUUUUUGUAUGGAGUGGCUGGGAUUUCAUCAAAUGUGCUGGAUUAUAUGCAUUAA